UGAAUAUCUUGCAUAUGAGAUUCUCUAUUCACAACGCAAGAAGUACUUAGCUUGCUUCGUGCCAUAUUUGACCGGUUCCGAGGCCGGUCUAUUGAUUAUACAGAAUUGAUGAAGAACCUCUGGGCGUUCUUCUGGACUCUUGCAACAUGUGCAGUGUUCAUCAGCAGUCUUGGGCUUGCAUCACGCCGGAAAGUCAUGGAUCAAACCUUGUCCAGGAAGGUCAUGCACAUCGGCAACGGCAUUCUUUUUGUGCUAUUCUGGCCUUGCUACACGGAGCACGCCGUCUCGAAGUAUCUAUGUGCUUCUGUGCCCCUUGUGGCUGCUCUGCACUUUGCGAUGGUCGGCUUGGGAGCAGUCACUGACGAGUCCCUCGUAGCCAGUGCAACUAGGACAGGGGAUCGCAGGGAGCUGCUGCGAGGGCCUCUGCUGUAUGGCACCAUCAUUGGAACGCUGACCAUCAUCUUCUGGAGAGAGUCCCCAAGCGGCGUCACUGCAAUUGCAGUGCUGUGUGCGGGGGACGGAUUGGCCGACAUUGUGGGUCGAAGACUGGGGGCCGCAAACCGGCUGCCGUACAGCCCCGAUAAGAGCGCAGCAGGGUCAAUGGCUUGUUUUCUUGGGGGAGCCGUGGCUGCUGGGGCGUGCCUGGUGUAUUUGCGGAAGUGGAAUUGCUUGAGUCAGGAGCUUGGGACAUGGGAAAUAGCGCUUGGCUCGAUCAUCACGGCGGGUGUGGGAGCAGCGGUUGAGAGCCUCCCUCUUGCCGAAGUGGACAAUUGGACAGUGCCUCUGGCAGCGGCGCUCACUGCAAGGGCCUUCUUUGGCUACUGAUUGAAUAAUGACUUACACAAACUCUGGAACUCAACAAACUUUGAAUCGAUUGCCUUGAAGCAGACGUUCUGCAAUUUCAAAUGGACCAGAGCAGAAAAAAAUCCUCUUGCGAAUCCACAGGAAUUGAUGGGAGGCUAGUUGCAAAUUCUGUAGGUUCAGAUUUGAUCCCCUUUACCAAGCCAUUGUUU